ACUACAAAGUGAACGUAUAGGUAUACAAACUACGAUGUUUAGUACUUAAUUUAAUUUCAGAUAGGCACUGUCAGUCUUAAAAGUUGAACUUGAAGUCGGCAAAAUUAACUGCGUUGUUAAAAAAUAUAAGAUAACUGUUUGUUUUGAGGUUUAAAUAAAAAUUAACAUCACGGUAAGAUUACUAGUGUAAGCAGAGUAUAUUUGGAUUUGUUUCUCUAACAUACUGAUUAAAUUCAAAUAUGGAUGUCGGUCUUACAGAUCCAUGGAUUACACUUACUAUUAAAGCACCCAAUCAGCAAAUUGAUGAUCAAACAGUGAAAUGCAAACUAGAUUGGUCAGUAGCAAAACUCAAAGUAUAUAUUCACGAAAUAUACCCUAACAAACCAAAAAUGGAGGACCAAAGACUAAUAUAUUCAGGACAACUUCUAACCGAUAGUGUUAUUUUAAAAGAUAUCUUAAGGCCAUACGAUGACGAUGGCCAGCUCAAUCGUACUGUACAUUUAGUAUGUGCUUCAUCAUCUUGUUCAGUCCCGUUUAAAGAAAAAUCAAAAAUAGAACUCAAAAGUGUGGAAGGAAAAUCGACAGAGUCAAAUAGUCAGGGUAUUUGUAAAAAAAAUGUAUCGUCGGAAGUCAAUAAAAAAAAUUGUUCUUCUAAUAAUUUGCAAGAAGAUUCAGUUAGACCAACAAACCAAACUCAAUCAAAUUUGAAUAAUAAUCACAAUAACAUUCUGUUAACACCAGAACAAAUAGCUGCUGACCAAAUAAUUUGGAUGAAUAAAAUGUACGCUAUUCAAAUGGCACAGUACUGGAAUUCAGUGGCCUCUAGUUUUGGAUCAUCAUUACCAUUAAAUAUUCAAACCCCUGCUGACAAUGAAUUGCCAAAUAAUACUGAUUUGUUGGAAAACAAUAACCAACCAGUGGCUCAAAAUGUAGUACCCAAUGAAAACAUCAAUGAACCUCAUCAAGAUUGGCUCGAUUGGUUAUACAUAUCUUGUAGAAUAUUUGUAUUCUUGAGUGUUAUUUACUUCUACUCAUCCCCAGGUCGUUUUAUUGCCGUUGCUGGUUUUGCAGUUCUUCUUUACUUGUAUAAAAUUGGAUUACUCAACAUAGUUCAAGAUUUAAAUAGACGUAGAAUUAUACCAGCUCAGCAGGAACAAGUUGUCGACGAUAAUAGAAACUUAGCCAAUGAAGUAAAUGGUAAUACUGAUGAUGCGACUACUAGACAAAAUGAACGAUUAAUGACAACCUUAUGGACUGUAAUAAGCACAUUUUUUACAUCUUUAAUACCACAGGCACCAGAUGUUAUUUAAAAAAAAAUAAAACUAUUAGUUAUUCAUAAUAAAAAAGGAACAUGAAAUUUAUUAGUUAUUAGUGAGUUGUUGUUUUGAUUUACAAUUUUAUUCUUUUUUGUUAUACUUUGGUUCCAUUAUUAUAUUAAGUGUUUUUUUUUUUUUUUUUAAUGUAAUAAGUUUGAAAUAUGUAUAUGAAGAAGGCACUUAUAAAAUAUAUUUGUUUUAACUGUAUAAUAUUGUAUAUAAUAUAUACAUCAGUCACAUUAAGUAUUAUAUUAUCUCGAAUAACAUGAAUGAUUUUUGCCUUGCUACCAAAUUUAGAUUU